GAAGAAGAAGAAGAAGAAGAAGAAGAAGAAGAAGUGAAAGCUACUUCUGUAUGUAGAUCACCUUGGCUGCACUGGAGGAAAAAGAGACUUUCUGUAAAUCCAACUCAACUGUCACUGCCAUUGCUACAAGUCUUCUCUGGUCAAAAGGAAGACAGAGCACCAUAAUGAGCGGGGAAGGAUCAACCAUCACAGAUUAUUCCGAUUUGUAUGCUGAGUUUGCAAUGCCAUGUGACAAGGAUGAAGUCAGAAACUUUACAAAAGCCUUUCUUCCCGUUGCUUACUCCCUGAUCUGUGUCCUGGGGUUCGUGGGAAAUAUGUUUGUAGUGAUGACAUUUGUUUUAUAUAAGAGGUCUGAUUCUGUAACUGAUGUCUGCCUCUGUAAUAUGGCUAUUGUGGACAUAUUGUUUGUUCUCACUCUUCCUUUCUGGGCAGUAAACUAUGCUUUGGACAACUGGAUUUUUGGGGAUUUCCUCUGCAAGCUCACCAAAGGUAUCUAUGCCAUUAACUUCAACUGUGGCAUGUUGCUCUUGGCCUGCAUAAGCAUAGACAGGUAUGUUGCCAUUGUGCAGGCCAUAAAGUCAUUUAAACUUCGGGCAAGGUGUCUAGCCCACAGUAAAGUGAUCUGCUUGGCUGUCUGGGUGUCCUCUAUGUUAAUCUCAAGUGCUACUUUCAUGUUCAGUGAAAGCUACACACUUCCAGGCAAUGCAACCACAUACAUUUGUGAUCACAAAUCCAGUCCAAACUCCAAUGUAAAAGUGAAAUUGCUGAUAUUAAGUUUCCAGCUUUUAUUUGGAUUUUUUGUCCCUCUGUUGUUCAUGGUUUUUUGCUACACCUUCAUUGUCAAAACCUUAGUGCAGGCUCAGAAUUCCAAAAGAAGCAAAGCCAUACGUGUGAUUAUCUCCAUCGUGGUUGUUUUUCUGCUGUGCCAAGUUCCCUACAAUAUGGUUCUCCUGGUGACAGCAGAAUCUAUGGGGAAACUGGACAAAGCUUGUCAGAGUGAAAAGCAAUUGGCUUACGCAAAAUAUGUAACGGAAACCCUGGCAUUCCUGCACUGUGGUAUGAACCCUGUGCUCUAUGCAUUCAUUGGUGUGAAGUUCAGGAACUACUUUGUGAAAAUAAUUACAAGCCUGUGCUGUGUGAGACAUAUGAACUGUGGAACUACCCUUGGUUCAAAGAUCAGUUCCGAUACUGUCCACUCCAGACAGACAAGUGAAGUUUGUGAAUGACAUAAUGGAUUAUUGUGUAUACAACAUUGUUAUCCUCGGGUAGAAUCAUUAUUCAGGCCACACACAGAUACCCUGGCUUCUUUAUUCUGUUCAAACCAGUUCACUUAAUACAUCAUGCCUGUAUAAGCUUCUGCCACAGAAAACUGGUCAGUUUCAAAGGUAGCUAAUAGCUCUUUACACAUUUCGAAUAAAGCCAGUCUCUCUGUUCCCAUAGUAGGACCAGGUUUCUGGGU